AUGGCUCCUGAAGCAGGAUUCCGUGAAUUCCCAACAAAAUCCCUGAGGAAACUCGCUGUUUCUGAGCGGAGCCGGCGGUCUCCGUGCCGAAUUAAAAAACCUAAAUCCAUUUUAUGCAAUAUUUACAAAGCAGAUUGUCGUUCACAAUUCCUGAAAUUAUUACAGCAGACCUACGGACCAAAUAUAGCUCGCCUUUGUGGUGAACUCGACAUAAAUGCAGCUCAAUUUUUUAUUAAAUUGUCAGUUCUAUCAGAAAUUCAAUCCAGUAGAGAACUCUUAAGUUUGGAAACUCAACGUUAUGUCUUUGAAGAUGGAACGAAUGAUGUUCGUAAAAUUGUUCAAGUCAAUAUUGAACAACUGAGCAAACAAAUGAAAGAAAUUCAAACUCGAAUAUGUACUGGAAAGCGACCAUUUACUACAGGUCGAUCGUUCCGGCGACUGGAUUCUUCGAUAUCUGAGCCGAUGCCGGUAGAUGAUGAAAACAAUUUGUCCCCAUCAUCAAGUGCAGCUGAUCAAGCAUCAAAACGAAAAAGAUCAAACAUCAGUCAUAAGAACGAAUCAACUAGAAGUAUGGUACAAUGUAUACUACUUCAGAGAACAUACUUAUUCUUUUCUUUGGAUGACGCAACCUUUUCUAGUAGUGUAUACAAUCAAUGGUCGUCGACAUUAGUCAAAGAACUAAAUGACCAAGAACAACUUGAGCAUGAUACAAUUACAACAAUACAAAUAGAUCAGUUUCUCAUGAAAUAUUGUGGUAUUCAAGCAAUUGACACUGCAAAAACUAAAAUUCUGUUAAUGCAUAGUUUCAAGAGUCACGAAGAACUUCUAUAUGGGCUGAUGGUGUACUUGCGUAAUAAACAUGGCAAUCGUUUAAUGGGAAAAUAUAGAUCGAGACAAUCUAGUCAUUUCGUUAACAAAACUCGCAAGAUUUUGUGA